AUGGAUGUUGUGAACCAGUUGGUGGCCACCGGACAGUUCACCAUAAUCAAACAGCCUUUGGGAUUUAUGAAAAUCCUACAAUGGAUCUUUGCCAUCUUUGCUUUCUCGACAUGCGGCAGCUACUCUGGCAUGUUCAAGAUGAGUGUGGAGUGUAAAAACCGGUCAGAUAGUGACCUGAGCAUUGAGGUGGAGUUUGAGUAUCCAUUCAGGCUACAUCAGGUGUACUUCGAUGCCCCAACCUGUAAGGGGGGAAACCCUGAGCGUCUGUUCCUGAUCGGAGACUACUCCUCCUCAGCUGGGUUCUUUGUCACCGUCGGUGUCUUCUCUUUCCUCUACUCCAUGGCAGCCCUUUCUGUGUAUGUUUUCAUUCUGGAGAAAUACCGUGAAGGCUGCAAGGGAGCCCAGAUUGACUUCGUUGUGACCUGUGUGUUCACCUUCUUCUGGCUGGUGGCUUCUUCUGCCUGGGCUAAGGGUCUGUCGGAUGUGAAGGCAUCCACUGACCCAGACAAGGUCCUCUUACUGAUCGAGGCCUGCGACGAACCGGAGAACCGCUGCCGUGAAGUCCAUGACCCUGUCGUCUCUGGUCUCAACACAUCUGUGGCAUUUGGCUUCCUGAACCUGAUCCUGUGGGGAGGGAACCUGUGGUUCGUGUUCAAGGAGACUGGCUGGCUAGCAGCUUUCGGAGGCACAUACCCACCUUCCCAGGAGAAAGCGCCUGCCCCAGAGUCCUUCGCCCAGGACGGCUAUGGGCAGGAGGGCUAUGCACAGCAGGGGGAUGCCUAUACCGGCAACCAGGGAGGCUACCAGCCCGACUAUGGCCAGGGUGGCUACACCGAGGGAGGUGGAGACUAUCAGCAGGGGGGAUACGAACAGCAGCCCACCUCCUACGCCAAUCAGAUGUGA